AUGUUGCGAAAUAUCUCCUGCAGAGCUGCUGCUUCCGCAAGUCUGUCACGGGCUUGCCUGCCGAGGACCGCCUCAACCCCGCAGCUCGCCGCCUCUUUAAAUGCGGCCCGUCGCCACGCAUCCUCGCCGACUGCCACCCAGCAGCUCCUCCGUAGCUUCCACUCCAGCUCAAUCAAAAUGUCUGCAUCCACCAGAACCGAAAGCGACGCCUUUGGCGAGAUCCAGGUCCCCGGCGAUAAGUACUGGGGCGCCCAGACCGAGCGCUCGCUCGAAAACUUCAAGAUCAACCAGCCCCAGGACCGUAUGCCCCCUCCCAUCGUCAAGGCCUUUGGCAUCCUCAAGGGUGCCGCUGCCACCGUCAACAUGAAGUUUGGCCUCGACCCUAAGAUUGGCGAGGCCAUCCAACAGGCCGCCAAGGAGGUUGCCGACGGCAAACUCAUGGACCACUUCCCCCUCGUCGUCUGGCAGACCGGCUCCGGCACGCAGUCCAACAUGAACGCCAACGAGGUCAUCUCCAACCGUGCUAUUGAGAUCCUCGGCGGCACCAUGGGCUCCAAGUCUCCCGUCCACCCCAACGACCACGUCAACCGCUCCGCCUCGUCCAACGACACCUUCCCCACCGUCAUGCACAUCGCUGCCGUUCUCGAGACCGAAACUGAGCUGCUCCCCGCCGUCAAGUCCUUGCGCGACGCUCUUCAGGCCAAGGUUGACGAGUUCGAGGCCAAGAAGAUUAUCAAGAUUGGCCGCACCCACUUGCAAGAUGCCACCCCGCUCACCCUCGCCCAGGAAUUCUCCGGCUACGUCGCCCAGCUCGACUACGGCAUCAAGCGCAUCGAGAGCUCCCUCGGUGACCUGCGCCUUCUGGCCCAGGGCGGCACCGCUGUCGGUACCGGUAUCAACACCUUUGUCGGUUUUGCUGAGGCCAUUGCCGAAGAGGUCACCAAAAUGACCGGUUCCCAGUUCUACACGGCCCCCAACAAGUUCGAGGCCCUCGCUGCCCAUGACGCCCUCGUUCAGGCCCAUGGCAGCCUCAACACCGUCGCUUCCUCUCUCUCAAAAAUUGCCCAGGACAUCCGCUACCUCGGCUCCGGCCCUCGUUGCGGUCUCGGUGAGCUCAACUUGCCUGAGAACGAGCCUGGAAGCUCCAUCAUGCCUGGCAAGGUCAACCCCACCCAGUGUGAGGCCCUUACCAUGGUCUGCGCUCAAGUCAUGGGUAACAACGUUGCCUGUACGAUUGGUGGCAUGAACGGCCAGUUUGAACUCAAUGUCUACAAGCCCCUCAUCAUCCGUAACUACCUCCACUCUGCCCGUAUCCUCGCCGAUGGCAUGCGCUCGUUUGAGAAGAACCUCGUCAAGGGCCUCGAGGCCAAUGAGGAGAAGAUUGCCAACAUCAUGAAGGAGUCCCUUAUGCUGGUCACUUGCCUCAACCCCAAGAUUGGCUACGACAUGGCCAGCAAGGUUGCCAAGAAUGCUCACAAGAAGGGUUUGACUCUUAAGGAAUCCGCCAUGGAGCUCAACGCCCUUACUGAGGAAGAGUUUGACACCCUUGUCCGCCCUGAGCUCAUGGUCGGCCCUAAGCAGCUUUAA